AUGGGGAGAACGGGCUGCGCGGACCCCUGGGUGCGGGCAGCCUUCGGCUCUUGGUGCCCCGGUGUCCCCGUCCUGGCAUUGCCGCUCACCCCGGGGCGCGGCAAAUCCGUGCAGAACAAAGUCGACUCCAUCCUGCAAGAUGUCCAGAAGUUUUCAGACAACGACAAGCUCUACCUCUACCUCCAGCUGCCGUCGGGGCCAAGCCUCGGGGAGAAGAGUGGUAGCCUGGACCUGAGCUCGCUGAGCACGGCCGAGUACAUGCAUGCCUGCAACUGGAUCCGGAACCACCUGGAGGAGCACACGGACACCUGCCUGCCCAAGCAGGACGUCUACGAUGCCUACAAGCGAUACUGCGAUAACCUCUGCUGUCGCCCCCUGAGCGCUGCCAAUUUCGGCAAGAUCAUCCGGGAGAUCUUCCCAAACAUCAAAGCCCGAAGGCUGGGAGGCCGAGGGCAGUCGAAAUACUGCUACAGCGGGAUCCGGAGGAAGACGGUGGUCAGCCUGCCGCCCCUGCCCAGCCUGGACCUUAAAGUGACGGAGACUCAGUCGGAGCUGACGGACCUGGUGCAGUCCUACAACAGUGAGGUGAUGGAGGCGGCCUGCGCCCUGACCUGCGACUGGGCCGAGAAGAUCCUCAAACGCUCCUUCAACAACAUCGUGGAGGUGGCCCAGUUCCUCAUCCAGCAGCACAUCAUCAGCUCCCGCUCGGCCCGCGCCGACCUGGUCAUGGCCAUGGUGGUCUCAGAGAGCACGGAGAAGAUCCACCGCGAGAGUCGGACCCCGGCGGCGGCGAAGAAGAACGGCCUGGACGCCUCUGAAAGCGGCGACGGGAGCCAGGGGCAGAUCAAGAAGGAGAGCGGCCCCAAGCCCCCCAUCCCGCCGCGGUCUGAGAAGAAGAAGCCCCCGGAGCCCCCCAGGGCAGCCAGCAGCCCCCAGGUGAACGCUCUGGUCGCCCGGCUGCCCCCGCUCCCGCCCCCAGCAGCCGAUCGCCCCCGGAGCCCCGCGGAGCCGCUGCCCAGGAUGAGCCGCCUGCGCUGCCCCGGGACGCCAGCUCUGCCGGCCGCCUUCCCUAAACCCCGCUGCGCCGGCGGGGAGGCCGCCAGCCUCUCCGGCUUCGGUGCUGGCCUGAAAGCGCGUCCCCCCUCAGGGAAGCAGCUGGGCUCCUGGCGCAGCCCGGCUGGAUGA